UGCCACUUUCCACUCUUUUCUAGAGAAGACCGGAUUCAUCAUGUCCAUCGAAAAGAUCCAUGCCAGGGAGAUUUUGGAUUCCCGCGGGAACCCCACUGUUGAGGUGGAUUUGUGCACACAGAAAGGCAUGUUCCGAGCAGCAGUUCCCAGCGGGGCUUCUACUGGCAUCUAUGAAGCUCUGGAGCUACGAGACGAUGACAAAUCACGAUUCCUAGGAAAAGGGGUCCUGCAGGCCGUGGAUCAUAUCAACAACACUAUUGCUCCAGCUCUCCUGAGCUCUGGCCUCUCAGUUGUGGAUCAAGAGAAGAUAGACAACCUUAUGAUAGAGAUGGAUGGAACAGAGAACAAAUCCAAGUUUGGAGCCAACGCCAUCCUUGGGGUGUCCCUGGCUGUGUGCAAGGCAGGAGCUGCAGAGAAGGAAGUCCCGCUAUAUCGACACAUUGCUGACCUGGCUGGGAAUUCAGACCUCAUCUUGCCUGUUCCUGCUUUCAAUGUGAUCAAUGGAGGCUCACACGCCGGGAACAAGCUAGCCAUGCAGGAGUUUAUGAUCCUGCCUGUAGGGGCAGAAAGCUUUCGGGAUGCCAUGCAGAUUGGGGCCGAGGUCUACCACAACCUCAAGAGUGUCAUCAAGGAGAAGUAUGGCAAGGAUGCCACCAAUGUGGGAGAUGAGGGUGGCUUUGCCCCCAACAUCCUAGAGAAUAGUGAAGCUCUGGAACUCCUCAAGGAAGCCAUUGACAAAGCUGGCUAUACUGACAAGAUUGUUAUUGGCAUGGAUGUGGCAGCAUCUGAGUUCUACCGUGAUGGCAAAUAUGACUUGGAUUUCAAAUCCCCUGAUGACCCUAGCCGCUAUAUCUCUGCAGAUGAGCUUGGUGACCUCUACCAAAGCUUUGUACAUGAUUACCCAGUUGUCUCCAUUGAGGAUCCCUUUGAUCAGGAUGACUGGGCAGCCUGGACCAAGUUCACGGCCAACGUGGGGAUUCAGAUUGUGGGGGAUGACCUGACAGUGACAAACCCCAAACGCAUUGAACGAGCUGUUGAGGAAAAGGCCUGCAACUGCCUCUUGCUCAAAGUCAACCAGAUUGGAUCAGUCACAGAGGCCAUUCAAGCCUGCAAAUUGGCUCAAGAGAACGGCUGGGGAGUGAUGGUGAGUCACCGAUCUGGGGAGACUGAAGACACCUUCAUUGCUGACCUGGUGGUGGGCCUGUGCACUGGACAGAUAAAGACAGGAGCCCCUUGCAGGUCUGAGAGACUGGCCAAAUACAACCAGCUCAUGAGGAUUGAAGAAGAGCUGGGGGAUGAAGCUCGCUUCGCUGGACACAACUUUCGCAAUCCAAGUGUUCUUUGAACAUUGUCUAUGGUGCACGGCAAAUCCCCAGCUAAUUCCCAAUGCACAGACUCUGAAGCUACCUUCCCUGCACCUUAACCCCUUCUCUCUGUCUCUCUCUCCUCCUUUGCCACUCAGCCAUCUGGUUUCCUGUCUCCCUAAGUCCCUGUGAGUUCAGGUAUCCCUAGCUCUCAAGCAAAUGGUAAAAAUUAGUUUUCCCUUUGUCUCUUGCUUUGGGGUAUUGUAGGCAUGUCUGAGACUCUGUAUUUUGUGUGGGUUUUUUUCAUCUGUCUGCAGAUCUAUUUGAGUCAUUCUGCUUGUGUAUUAGGCUGUAUGAACAUGUCUAUGGCAUCUCUCAAAGAGCACGGUGAAUGUGUGCACUGAUUAGUGUGGAUUUACAUAGUUAGGUGCCUGACUAUGUGUGGUUUUAGUGACUAUUCAGUGCAUGGGGCUGUAGGUCUUUGUGUCAGUAUAUAUAUCUCUGCUGGCCUUCAAGCUUAUUAUUGCCCUAAGUGUGUCUGCUGAAGUGAGUUGGAGCCCAUGUGUUUAGUUGUUGGACUCUGAAUGUUGUGUUUGUAUUGAGCUAUAUCCUUAGGCAACUUAACACUGAGGUGCUCUGCUGUGGCACAGGUUGGUGUGUGCAUAUUGUGACUCUCUGGGUCAGUCUCUCCAUGGUUUGUUGUGGGUCAGUGUUGUAGUGUGUGGGGGUGUUAAAAACAUGUUGGAAACAAACACAUGCCCUCAGUCUGCUUCAUCUGAUCUUGCUCCCCCUGUCUCCUUUCCCUAUCUUUUUCUUCACUUUCUUCUGCCACCCCUACCAUCUGCUUUGUCCUCUGGACAGUCACCCUCAGCUGAGCAACAGAGACUAAAAAAACAAGGCCCUAAACUUAAUUAAAAUAUAUUUCACACCUGAGUUCCUGACAUUUCUCUCUGCACAUUA